AUGGCAAAUCAAAGAAUGGAAAUGGGAUUAGCCCUUUUUGUAGUUUCCAUGAUCUUGGCAGGAGCAAAUGCUCAGUCUAAUACUGAUUGUACUCAGGUGAUAAUCAGCAUGUCCCCCUGUCUGAGCUACAUUCAGGGGAACUCCACAACUCCAGCUUCAGGUUGCUGUACUCAGCUUGAAACCGUCGUUCGCUCCCAGCCGCAAUGCUUGUGUCAGGUUCUUAAUGGUGGAUCUUCCCUUGGGAUCAACAUUAAUCAGACUCAGGCCCUGGCUUUACCAAAAGCCUGCAAUGUUCAAACUCCAGGAGCCAGCCAGUGCAAAAGCAGUGGUGGAUCUCCUGCAUCAUCUCCUGGUGCAGCUCCCGGUACUCCCAGCACGGUUCCAUCAGGACGUGGCAGUGAUGCAGUACCAUCAACAAAUAAUGGCUCCUCAGAUGCUACUUCUAUCAAAUUAGCAGCCCCUGUUUUGUUCUGCCUUCUGUUCGUUGCAUCAUAUGCUUCAACCUUCUGA